AUGGGCUGCACACCCUCCCGCCCCCGCCGCUUCGAUGGCACUGGAACCUCCUACAUCGACCAUCCCCCAAGCAGACACAGCACUGGCGACAUGGGAACGAAACACUGCCGACGGAACGGCAGUGUGGCCGGUUCUAGCACGAUUGGAACAAGCAUGGGACACAGUGGCAUGAGCGGCAGACAUGGUGGUAUGAGCAGCAGCGGUAUAAGCAGUGGUACAGGCAUGGGCCGUUCAGGUCGCACAAGUGGAGGUAUGAGUAGUGGAAUGGGUAUGGGGCGUUCGAGCAGGUCGGGGGGAGGUCUGGGUGGGAUGACGUCGGGGUUUGGGAGGAGCCGGAGAUGUUAG